AUGGUAUUCCGUCAACAAAAUACAUUUUAUCGAUAUAGUGGAUUCUUUGUGUUGAUCUUUAUAGUUGGUCUAUCUACACUCUCAAGACAAACAAAUCUGCCAUUUACUAUAAACAGACAUUUCAGUUCAAAUAGUGCAGUUAAUGAAUGUCUUGAUAUAGGCUCUCAUGUAGAUCAAUGUCAGUUUGUAAAAGCUUCCUGUCAUGGAUUUAGUGCUGUCUAUCUUGAGUUAUACUAUUGUUCUCAUUUCUGGCAACCAAUUUCAAUAGCAAUACUUCUAUUAUGUCUGUUUAUGCUUUUCGGUGCAAUUAGUGUUGUAGCAUCUGAUUUCUUUUGUCCUAAUCUGCAAACCAUUUCAUCAAAACUGCAACUGUCUGAAAGCAUGGCAGGUGUCACUGUACUGGCAUUAGGUAAUGGAAGCCCUGAUUUAUUUAGCACAUUCAGUGCAUUAGAUACAGGUGCAGGAUCAUUAGCUAUAGGAGAAUUGAUAGGUGCUGCUUUUUUUAUUGUUGCUAUUGUAUCUGGCUGUAUGGGUAUCAUCCAACCUUUUCAGUCUCAAAGAGUAACGUUUAUGCGCGACGCAUCCUUUUUAACUGGGGCUAUUAUCAUCAUGACUUGGAUUGUUUAUCACCAACGAAUUGCAUGGUACCAUAGUGUCAUGUUAAUCUGCUAUUAUCUCUCUUAUGUAUGUGUGGUUGUUUUGGGUGCAUAUGGAGAGAGCACAAUCCCUUCUGCUGAUCCGUUGCAAACAGAAUUGAAAAAGGAUGAUAUUCAGUUCACUGUAGCAGAUGAAUCGACCUGUCUAUUGCAGCAAGGAGGGAGAAACAAACCACCUCGGUUGAUCAUUCCUGAAAGAGGGUUCAGCACGUCCAUUCAAUCCAACAUGUCCAACUUUGCAGAACAUCAUUUAGGGCAUGUGAUUAAGCCCACAUCGCCCAUGUCGUCUCAUGUCUCUAUGUAUUAUGACGCUAUAGCUUCCCGGUCAACAAGUGCCACUGGAUCUGCUCUGACAGCAAGAACGUAUCGCCGUCCAAUGACGCCCAGAGUAGGCAUUCGAACUUCUGUCUUUGGUGCGAUUGAGUUUCAAGAACAGAUCAAUGCCAUACGUCGAGCAGAUAGUUCGAACCAUACACUAUGCCAAAGUCAAUAUAGACAACGCCAAUCAUCUUAUUCUGUAUGGCAAAAUACGCAUGAUACUCAGCAUGACAAAAGACUACCCCUAGGCCGUCCAAGAGCAUCCACAAUGACGGACCCAUCGUCAGAGUUGAACAAAGCACACACUUUAUCAAACCAAAGUCUUUAUGUACCAUCCUCGCCUGCCACAGAAGACUAUUUCACUUUUCUCUCCGCUGCAGAAAACCAACCUCAUCUCAUUCAUGUUCAAUCUUCCUCACCGCCUACUCAGUCAACAACCAUUCCGGAAAUCAGACUUGCUCCACCUAAUAAUGAACACAACCGAUUGGCCAUACCCACACCUUCGCUACAUUCUUCUGAUUUUACACGGGCUCGAUCAAGAGCGAACUCGAAUUACAGCCUUGCUCCACCAAGUAUUAUGUCUGAAUGCGAUUCGUUCGUUUCUGCUCGUCAAAGCUUUGAAUUAAGUCCUUCCAAUUCAUUUGAUCAUUCAUUAAAAUUACAGGCACUGCUCGAAAACAAUAGCAACAAGUCAAAACGAUCAAGCCUACAUCAAGAUCAAUUGAAUAUCCCUAUAAUCCAAUCAGAUACUUUAUAUAUGCAUCAUCAUGAAGAUCAAGACGAUUACUCAUUUAUUUCCUCGCUUAACCCUCAACAGCCUGAGCAUUACCCUACCUAUCAAUGGUCACGGUUUCCCUCACUUUCCAAUACCCUCCACCAGUUAUAUGAUACCUUGUUUCCAACACUUGAAGGGUGGCAUCAAAAAUCACUUUUCUCUAAACUAAGCUCAUUGAUGGCUGCACCGCUUGUUCUUAUGUUUACUUUGACAUUACCUGUAGCAGAAUUAGACGAAACGGACGUAGUAAACCAUAGUCCAUUAGAUGAGUAUGAAGAAGAUAUGUCUAUUCGACAACCAGUCUCCAAUAACUACUUGUCUGUACCUACCUCUGUUCAUGAAUACAUGUCACAUUCACCAUCAUCAAAAGUACCUAUCGAAAACAUGGACAAGAAACAGGGUUGGAAUAAACAUCUCUUGAUGAUUCAAUGUGUAGUGAGCACUGUAUUUGUCUUUAGAAAUCUAGCAGCGAAUGAAAUACUGCCUAAUUCCAUGAUCUUGUUGGGUGUGGUGAUGGGUGCUGUAUUAGCCGUCUUUAUUAACAAAUCAACAAAAAAGGACGAAGCCCCUACAUGGUACUGGUUAUUAUCUUUUGUAGGUUUCUUUGUAGCAUUGAAUUGGAUCUUUUUACUAGCAAAUCAAGUCGUUGGUUUACUACAGGCAAGUCUCUUUUUCUAUAUAGCUAUUGGUAAAAUAUUUUCAAUUAGUGAUGCUAUUAUGGGUCUUACUGUGUUUGCCUUGGGAAACAGUAUUGGUGAUUUCGUUGCAAAUACUGCAAUUGCCAAAAUGGGAUUUCCUACUAUGGCUAUUUCUGCAUGUUACGCAGGGCCUUUAUUAAACAUGGUUUUGGGAGUAGGUGUUUCUUCGCUCUAUCAAAAUAUCAAAUUAGGAACUGCCUAUCAACUUGAAAUUGCGCCUACUAUUCUGGUGUCUGCGUUUGGAUUGAUUACUGUCUUGAUGAGCACACUUGUCUUGGUCAAUAUCAAUGGUUAUAAGAUCACUUCAAAACUGGGUUGGUGGAUGGUUUCUGUUUAUUUUGUUUGUUGUACCACAAACUUCUUGUUAGAAUUUCAAAUUAUCUUUUAA